AUGACCCCGUCUGCCUGUCUUACUCGCUGUGUUUCAGUGGUUGCAGAGCUGUCUCUACCUCAGAACCUGACUCUGCUCACCCUGAACACACAGUACAUACUGGCAUGGGACUGGGACCAGACGACCACAGGCAACGCUGUUACCUUCACUGCAGAGUACAUAGCGUAAGUCACCAGAUGCACUCACAAAACCCCCUCCACCUCUCCUACAUGUCACAUACUAUACCGUAUUUCACCCCCACCCUCCACCCCUCCUACAUGUCACAUACUAUACCGUAUUUCACCCCCACCCUCCACCCCUCCUACAUGUCACAUACUAUACCGUAUUUCACCCCUCCUACAUAUCACAUACUAUACCGGAUUUCACCCCUCCUACAUGUCACAUACUAUACCGGAUUUCACCCCCCCUCCCCCCCCCCCCCCCACCCUCCACCCCUCCUACAUAUCACAUACUAUACUGGAUUUCACCCCACCCUCCACCCCUCCUACAUAUCACAUACUAUACGGUAUUUCACCCCCUCCUACAUAUCACAUACUAUACCGGAUUUCACCCCCCCCACCCUCCACCCCUCCUUCAUGUCACAUACUAUACCGUAUUUCAAGACUGCCUCAUCACUGACCCGCUCACUCUCUCCCCAACAGGGUUUUCGAGAUGAAGAUGAAGAAGGACUGGAGCCGUGUGUGUGACGGGACCACACACACCCGCUGUGACCUCACAGGUUCUGAUCUGCUUUAUCUGGGCAGGUACAUGCUCAGAGUCCGAGCCAGCGCAGGCGGUCUCCACUCACACUGGGUCUACAAAGACUUCUGCCCUCAUAUAGACGGUGAGAGAGGAAUGGGAGAAGGCAGACCGACUUGGGCACAGAUGAAAAAUAAACUAAAUGAGAGAAGAUAUCAGGAAAAUAGACACAGUUUCAAACAGUCACAUAUUUAGACACCAACCCACACACAGCCAGACACCAACCCACACACAGCCAGACACCAACCCACACACAGCCAGACACCAACCCACACACAGCCAGACACCAACCCACACACAGCCAGACACCAACCCACACACAGCCAGACACCAACCCACACACACACACCCAGCCAGACACCAACCCACACACAGCCCAGCCAGACACCAACGUGUGUUGAUUGAGCUUUCAGAAGUUGUGAAGGCACUCAAAUCUAUUGAAAUUAAGAAAGCGUCUGGCCCGGAUGAAUUGAACCCUUAUUUUCUAAAAAUUGGUGCAGAGAUCAUUGCUGCCCCUCUCACUCAUAUAUUACAUAUUUAAUUGGUGAGUAAUACCAUUCCAAAAGUCUGGAAAGCAGCCUACGUCACGCCUUUACAUAAGAGUGGAGAUCCGUCCCAGUUGGAUAACUAUCGUCCAUAUCUAAACUGUCUGCACUGGCAAAAGUUUUGGAAAACCUGGUAAACUCACAGUUGAAAGACUUUAUAAUAACUCAGUUGUAUCUCAAUUCCAGUCAGGUUUUAGAACCAAUCAUAGUACAAUUACUGCAGUAAGGUUGUAGGUGAUAUUCUAGAUGCUCAGGACAAGACAAAUCACUGUUUCACUUUCUAUUGCCUUCGACACUGUUGACCAUGCCCUGCUGUUGUAUAGUCUAAAAAACCUUGGUUUAAGUGUUGAUGCAUUGGAUUGGUUCCAAAACUACUGUUCUGACAGAACAGUGUGUAGCACAGGAGGGUAUGAAAUCUGAGUUUCGAAGUCUUACAAAAGGAGUUCCCCAGGGCUCAAUUUUAGGUCUGAUCCUUUUUACACUGUAUAUAAAUGAUAUAGGGAAGACGGUUGACUCUGCAAAUCUCCAUCUGUAUUCGGAUGACACAAUUAUUCAGAGGCAGCUUUUUCGAAUUGAAACUUGUGCUUAAUGCAAGGAAAACAAAAUGUAUGGUUUUCUCUUCUCUGAAAGUAACCAGAUGGAGUCACUUGCAGAUUUGAACUAUAAAAGACCAGCAAGUCGACAGGGUCAGGCUCACCUCCUAUAAGCAUUUGGGGAUUUGGUUAGAUUCAAAGAUUUAAACAGCACAUUGAAAACCUGACCAAGAAACUGAAGUUGAAAUGUGGUUUAUAUUUUAGGAACAAAUCUUGCUUUUCAAUGUCAGUCAGAAAGGAUCUUGUUCAAAGCACUUUGGUAUUGGUGCUGGGUUAUGGUUAUAUUGUCUAUAUGCAGGCCUCAGCAAGUACCUUAACUCUGGACACGGUGCAUCAUGGGGCUUUAAGGUUUAUUACAAAUGCUACAUCACUUGCUAUGGUGCAAUGGACCAGGAGGCUAAAGCACUGGGACACUUUUGUGUACAAAGCAUUGAUAUGACAACCAGUGGUGUAAAAUACUUAAGUACUACUUAGGUAGUAUUUUUUGGUAUCUGUACUUUACUAUUUCUAUUUUUGCCUACUUUGAACGUCAUUCCUAAUGAAAAUAAUGUUAUUUUUACUCCAGAAAGUACUUGUUACAUUUACUCCAGAAAGUACUUGUUACAUUUUGACAGGAAAAUGGUCCAAUUCACACACUUAUCAAGAGAACAUCCCUGGUCAUCUCUACUGCCUCUGAUCUGGCGGACUCACUAAACAUAAAGGCUUGGUUUGUAAAUUAUGCCUGAGUGUUGGAGUGUGCCCCAGGCUAUCCGUCAAUAAAAAUACAAUUGUGCCGUCUGGUUUGCUUAAUAUAAGGAAUUUGAAAUGGUUUAUACUUUUUGAUACUUAAGUACAUUUGAGCAAUUCCACUUACUUUUGAUACUUAAGUAUAUUUGAAACCAAAUACUUUUACUCAAGUAGUAUUUUACUGGCUGACUUUUACUUUAGUCGUUUUCUAUUAAGGUAUCUUUUACUUUUACUCAAGUAUGACAAUUGGGUACUUUUUCCACCACUGAGGACAACUCUCUUUGUAUCUCUGUUCCUUAUUGACCAGAUCAGUCACUCAAUACAGUCUUUGUUCACAGUCGCUGCUGUCCUUGUCUGUUCCUAAGGCUAGAACUGAGAUGGGGAAACAGUAUUUUUCCCAUAAUGCCCCUUCAUCCUGGAAUAUGCUUCAAAAGAUAUUAAAGUUAGGGGAGUUGCCUGUAUUUAAGACUCUGAGCGACGACACUGUUUGUGACAGCUGCAGUUGUUUCUAAUCUUCAAAUGUAUCUGGAACUUGUGACACUUUUGUCUUUUGUGUGUAUUUAGUAUUUUUCUGUAAUAUUUUAUGUACACCCUGCUAUUUCCCUGUUUUGCCUUCUUGCCAGGUCGCCCUCGCAAAAUAGGUUUUUAACCUCAAUGGGUCGUACCUGGUUAAAUAAAGGUUAAAUAAAAUAAAAAACCAACACACACACACACACACACACACACACACACACACACACACAACCAGCACAGAUAGACAAACAGUUAAUCUGUCCUUCACCAAGAAUCAUUCCCUGUACUCCUGAGUUGGCUGUAUUGCAACUGCUCGUCCAUAUAUUUAUAUAUUCUUAAUUCUAUUCCUUUACUUAGAUUUGGGUAUAGGUUGUGAAAUUGUUAGAUAUUACUGCACUGUCGGAGCUAGAAACACAAGCAUUUCGCUACACCCGCAAUAACAUCUGCUAAAUACGUGUAUGUGACCAAAAACAUUUGAUUUGAACUAUUGAUGAUUAGUGAGUUUAUUUUGGUCUUAUCUGUUCUUCCCCGUCUAGCUUCGUUGGGCCCACCAUCCAGGGUGGAGCUGGCUCCUGUGGGGAACCAGCUGGAAGUGAACAUCUGUGGCCCCCUGACCAGCACCCAGGGCUCCAUGAAGGCUCCUGUGGGGAACCAGCUGGACGUGAACAUCUCUGACCCCCUGACCAGCACCCAGGGCUCCAUGGAGGAUCAUAUCCCCUCCCUGUAUUACCACAUCCUGUACUGGAGCCGCUCUGAUGACCCUCAGGUACUGGCUCAGCCUUCUGCCUUUUUCUAUGGCCCCUAAAGACACCUGGGCCUCCCCUCAGUAACCCUGUGACUGCUAUAACCUGGGCCUCCCCUCAGUAACCCUGUGACUGCUAUAACCUGGGCCUCCCCUCAGUAACCCUGUGACUGCUAUAACCUGGGCCUCCCCUCAGUAACCCUGUGACUGCUAUAACCUGGGCCUCCCCUCAGUAACCCUGUGACUGCUAUAACUAAAGACACCAAGACCUCCCCUCAGUAACCCUGUGACUGCUAUAACCUGGGCCUCCCCUCAGUAACCCUGUGACUGCUAUAACCUGGGCCUCCCCUCAGUAACCCUGUGACUGCUAUAACCUGGGCCUCCCCUCAGUAACCCUGUGACUGCUAUAACCUGGGCCUCCCCUCAGUAACCCUGUGACUGCUAUAACCUGGGCCUCCCCUCAGUAACCCUGUGACUGCUAUAACCUGGGCCUCCCCUCAGUAACCCUGUGACUGCUAUAACCUGGGCCUCCCCUCAGUAACCCUGUGACUGCUAUAACCUGGGCCUCCCCUCAGUAACCCAGAAGCUCCAACAACAUGGUGUAACACUCUAAACCACCAACUUAAAGAUAGAACACACCUGUGUUCCUAAUGUGGUUUUCUAUACAGGAAACUGGUUGGUGGGUUGUAUUCUGAAAGGUUUUAAAGUGUUCCAAAUCAGGCCAGGGCAUUCAGAUGGAAUGCAAAUGUUCUCUGGAACUUCUCCAGGUGAAACAAUCUCAAUAGCCAUGCUGCUGUGUCCCUGUGUUACACCAGACCAGAUAGAUAUGAUUUCUCUGUAAUCCACAGGUAUCCCCAACCGUUCCACUUUUGUGACGUAUUCAGUACUACCACAGAUGAUUCAACUUAUAAAGGGCUUGAUGAUUAGUUCACCAAUGGAAUCCGAUGUGCUAGUACUGGAAUAGGUGAAAUGAGUGGAACGGCAGGGGGUAGUCCAAGACAGGGCAGUGUAUCCCAAACCGCUCUGAUUAUAACAUGUUGUUAUUGUAUGAUCAGGGUCUGAAUCCUAAAGUGGAGGUCUCUAGCGAAAACCUGGUGACUCUGCCUGAGCUGGAGGCCUGGACGUGGUACUGUGUCAUGGUCCAGUCUCGCUAUGACUACUACAACAAGACUAGUGGCUACACGGCACCACAGUGCAUGCAGACGGAGGGUAGGAAUGAACACUUCACACUAAACACUUGGAGAUGUGCUUGAUGUGUGUGUAACCUACCUGUAUCAGUGUGAGUAAGUAUAAUGUGUGUGUAGAGAUGCCAGAGAGAGAGUGUUUGUGUUUUACAGGAGUAUUUACACAAUAAGGACACUGUAAAGUGUGACUGUGUGUCCUCGUCCUCAGGUGACACCCCGUACUGGCAGAUCUUCCUGUACUUCCUGGUCUCCAUGGUGGUGUGUUUCCUGUUCGUGUUGCUUCCCUCCUACGCUGCCUUCAGGUUCUACAGAGUCCUCAAAUACGCCUUCUACCCCUCCAUCCAGCUGCCUGCACACAUCCAGGAGGUAGGCUUCAUAGCCGCUUGCACAACAGUAAUAUCCGGUGUACCAUCCAUCCUCUCUGUUGGUGGGUGUGUGUCCUAAGGGUGGUUGGGAUUAAGCAAUAGACAAUUAAGUUACCUUCUUUCUCUCUCACCACCUCUCCCCCCCACCUUCUCUUCCCCUCCCCCAGUACCUCUGUGACUCCUCUCCCGGCUCCGACAUUCCCCGCCUCCUCACUGCUAAGGCAGAGCUGUGCUGUGAUAAGCUGACCAUCUGUCCUGAGGUGGUGCAGCUGUAGAUACACGUCCCUCCUCCCCUAACAGCGCCCCCCUCAGAGCUGGAGCAGGACAGCGGCAGGCACAGCCGCCAGGGCAGCGGAGACUCUGGGGUCUACUCCACAGAGGGAGGCUCCGCCCAGCAGGGUCGUAGUGGUGGGGAGUCAAUCAGGAGAGACCAGGAAGUGGACUCCUGGCAGACACUGGAGCAGGUCAAGAUGGAGGAGAUUGGGAGAGAGUCGACUGACGAAAGAGUUCUGGACGAGGGGGUUGUGGAUGUGGGCGUCUGA